GCGCAUCAGAAAGCCAUUACAAAUGAAGUCCCUUUUUCGUCCAACACGCGCAAUUUUGGGGCCAGUGUUUGCCGCCCCUGUGAAGCAGCAAAAAAUUGAUGAGGUCGUGCGGGUUGAUCACGCAGGUGAGGUUGCAGCGGUGCGCAUUGCAAGCCAUCAACUGGAGUGGAUGUCGCCACUGGACGACUCGGUCCCGAUUGCCGAAGAAAUUCUCGCGGACGAGGUUGUCCACCGUCGCGUGAUGACGGAGCUUGCUGAACGACACGGUGUGCGAACCACAGCGCUAGACCCUUUUUUCAAAUUCGGCGCCUUCGCUUUGGGUGCCGGAACCGCCAUGCUUGGGAAGGAAGCCAUGAUGUGCUGCCAUGCUGCAGUAGAAAUUACCAUUUUUGACCAUUAUAACGAUCAGCUUCGUGAACUGGAGGAGUUGGAGGAGAAAUGCUCUGAUAUGAAAGAGACCGAGGUGGAAAAGCAGGCGUGGGUGGAUGUGAAGAAUUAUAUUGUAAAGUUCCGCGAUGAAGAGAAGCACCACCAAGAGCUAGGAGAGCAGAACGGCGCUGCCGAUGCCCCAGCGUAUCUUCUUCUUUACAACGGCAUUCGUCUGGCCUGCAAAAUCGGCGUCGCUCUCGCCAAACGCAUCUAG